UGAGUUCUGGAGAGGACCGAAGAGGGCUGCUUCUCUCCUCCAGCACCCGCUUGCGCGCACGCACCUCCUCGCCUCUGAAGGAAUUGCCUCGGAGCGAGCGAAAAUCGCAGCCUCUUCCUGGACUCAAGUCGCAGAGUUUGCUGCCACCGAGCCCAACAAGACGCAACAACGCAGCCCACUUGACGCCUUGCUUGUGCAGAAACCACCGUCUUAGGGGAGGGCGCCUUCUUUUCUUCCUCAUUCUUCCUUUCUUUCAUGAUAUUGGCCAGAAGAGGAAGAAGAAAAUGACUGUUUCUCUGGAGAUCCCUGAAUUUCUUCUCCUGAAGGAUUUCCCAUGAAAUGCUCCACGGGGAACCUGGGGUGGGAAACAUCUAAGUACUCUUCGGAGUGAAAAGCGGAACUUCUGAGCUUUGCUAUUAUCGAUUUAUUAACCCAUUAAAACAAAGAACAUCCUCAUUAUUCUGGGACAGCAUGGCAGCUACAGACCUCUUCAUUUUGGCACUGUCUAGUGUUUUCCUAGACUUCUGGAGUCCGUGCCACACGACAGACACAAGCCAGCCAAGGUUACGCCUGUCACAUAAAGAGCUCUGGGAUUUGAACAGAACAUCAGUCUUCCAUAGUCCAUCUGGAUACCUCGGCCUUCAUGUAAUGCUUUUGGAUGAGUAUCAAGACCGGCUCUUUGUGGGAGGAAAGAACCUGGUGUAUUCUCUCAGCUUAGACCGAGUCAGCGAAAAUUACAGAGAGAUUCAUUGGCCUACUACAUCCCUGCAGGUGGAAGAAUGCACAAUCAAAGGAAGAUAUGCUGAAGAGUGCGCAAAUUACAUCCGUGCCCUGCACCGAUUCAACCGAACACACCUGCUGGCCUGUGGGACAGGAGCUUUUGAUCCCGUCUGUGCCUUUAUCCGAGUUGGCCAUCAGUCAGAGGAUCAUCUGUUUUAUCUAGAAGCACACAGACUGGAGAGGGGACGUGGACGGUGCCCAUUUGACCCCAAUUCCUCCUUCAUCUCCACUUUAUUUGGUGGUGAGUUGUUCGCUGGGCUCUACAGUGACUACUGGGGGCGAGAUGCUGCCAUCUUCCGCACAAUGGGCCGUGCGGCACACAUCCGGACUGAGCCAGACGAUGAGCGCCUGCUGAAAGGUACAAGGGAACCAAAAUUUGUAAGCUCCUUCAUGAUUCCUGACAAUGAAGACCGGGAAGAUAACAAGGUGUACUUCUUCUUUACUGAGAAAGCGUUAGAGGCUGAGACAGGUGCUCACGCCAUCUAUUCCAGAGUCGGAAGAAUGUGUGCCAAUGACAUGGGUGGACAACGGAUGCUGGUGAAUAAAUGGACCACUUUCCUCAAAACCAGGUUGAUCUGCUCUGUGCCAGGAAUGAACGGAAUCGACACACAUUUCGAUGAGCUAGAGGACGUCUUUUUGCUCCACACUCGGGAUAACAAAAACCCCGUGAUAUUCGGACUCUUCAACACUACAAGCAACAUAUUCCGAGGAUAUGCUAUAUGUGUCUAUCACAUGGCUAGCAUCCGGGCAGCUUUCAAUGGACCAUAUGCCCAUAAAGAGGGACCUGAAUACCACUGGUCUGUGUAUGAAGGGAAAGUGCCAUAUCCAAGGCCUGGAUCAUGUGCCAGCAAAGUGAAUGGAGGUCUGUACGUGAGCACCAAAGACUAUCCAGAUGAAGCCAUCCGUUUUGCUAGGAGUCACCCACUGAUGUAUCAGUCGGUUAGGCCUGUUCAUAAGAGACCAGUUCUUGUGAAGACGGAUGGGAAAUACAACCUCAAACAAAUAGUCGUAGACAGAGUGGAAGCAGAAGACGGGCAAUACGAUGUCUUAUUUAUUGGGACAGAUAAUGGGAUUGUACUGAAAGUCAUUACAAUUUACAACCAGGACACAGAAUCUAUGGAAGAAGUGAUUCUUGAAGAGCUGCAAGUGUUCAAAGUGCCAGCUCCUGUUAUAUCCAUGGAGAUUUCUUCCAAAAGGCAACAAAUUUAUGUUGGGUCUGAGUCCGCCGUUGCACAACUGAAGUUCCACCAGUGUGACAUGUAUGGAACAGCCUGCGCUGACUGCUGCCUCGCAAGGGAUCCUUACUGUGCUUGGGAUGGGAUCUCUUGUUCCAGAUACUACCCAACAGGAACACAGGCAAAGAGACGUUUCCGCAGACAAGAUGUCCGUCAUGGAAAUGCAGCUCAGCAGUGCUUUGGCCAGCAAUUUCUUGGAGACAUCCUGGAUAAGACCGAAGAGCGACUGGUAUACGGAAUAGAAUACAACAGCACUCUCCUUGAAUGUAUACCAAGGACCUUGCAGGCCAAAGUGAUCUGGUUUGUACAGAGAGCACACGAAGCACGGAAGGAAGAGGUGAAGACUGACGAAAGGGUACUCCAAGUGGACUUUGGCCUCUUGUUCUUAAGGCUGCACAGGAUGGACGCCGGGACGUAUUUCUGCCAGACAGUGGAGCACAGCAUUGUCCACACAGUAAGAAAAAUCACACUAGAGGUUGUGGAAGAAGAGCGUGUGGACGACAUGUUCAACAAAGACUAUGAGGAGGAGGCAUCGCAUAAGAUGCCCUGCCCGGCUCAGAGCAGCAUAGCCCAGGGCUCAAGGCCUUGGUACAAGGAGUUCCUGCAGCUAAUAGGCUACAGCAACUUCCAGAGAGUGGAGGAGUAUUGUGAGAAAGUGUGGUGCACGGACAAGAAGAGGAAAAAGCUGAAGAUGUCUCCAUCCAAGUGGAAGUAUGCCAAUCCGCAAGAGAAGAAGGCACGCAUCAAACCUGACCAUUACCGUGUUCCCAGGCACACUGCUGACUCUUGAUGGGAAAAAGAAAUCCCACGGAUUCAAGGAAGCUUCUUUCUUUCUUUCUUUCUUUUGGACCUAAGGAAAGGGAAAUCCUUCUUGGAUUUAGUGACGAAUACAGGUUUAUAUAUAAAUGAAACGUUGAGACUGGAAAUGGGGGGGAAAUGUGGUUUUAGUAAGUUAUACACUUCAUGUCUGUUUAGAUGCAUUUUUUAAAAAGCAAAUCUGCUUAAUUCUUUGGUCUGCUUAUAUCAUUCCACAAUGAGUUUUCCAUUUAAGGACAAUCUGACAAUCAUCAUAUUCAACAUUUAGUCCAAUUAAUCAAGCAUGGACCAUGUUUGUACUGUAUAUUCUAGUGUGUUGUUGGGGAUAUUUAAGUGAACACAAAUGCUAAAGCAUCACAAAGCAACAAUGUAUGGUUUCGUUUUGAUUUCACAAACAUCUUGCUAAUUUUCGACGUGGCAUAUAUCCUGUGUCCCGCGGGUUCCAGUUUUCAUUUCUGAAGAGCAGUUUCUAGGGCUCAUUGCUGCUGAAAUCCAUUUUGAGUAUGUGACAGUAGCCACGGCUGUGAACAGAAAUGAUGAAGGGUCAUAAAUAAAAGGACUAAAAACAAAUAAAGGGGGGGGACUGAGUACAAGCAAUGAUUGUAUCUCAUUGAAAGCAAUGGAAUUGGUUGUGGCUAACUCAAAUCCCACUUGAUGCCAAGGGCAGUUCAUCAUGACUAAUUGUAGCUGUGCCCCAAAUAUCACUGUUCAAUUUCUGUGCCCCGUUUACCAAUAAUUCUGAAGGCUGACUCCAGUGUCCUCUUUUGGGGAGAAUAACUUAACCAGGAAGAAUCGUCUUUCUAGGACAAAGGGCCACCGCUCAGAGGUGCAGCUCCUGCUUUGCACACAGAAGGUCCCCGGUUUGAUCUCCAGGGAGGGUUGGAAGAGAGACUCCCUCUCUGAAAUCCUAGAGAGUUGCUGUCAAUCAGUGUGAAGAGUACUGAUCUGGAUGGACCAAGGCUUCUUAGGAUCCAGGUGCUGUGUGCCCAGCACGUACAAUUUGGAAUUUUCCAAAUUUACUAAAAUUACAUUCAGAUUUAACACAAGAGUCCAUUUCCUCCACCCCUUGCCUCCUUCACGCUUGUUACCACAAAGGAUUUGCUUGCCAUAAUCUGCCUCCCAUCAGUACAGGGCUUGCAUCUUUUUUCUGCAGGCGGCUCAGCCUGGAUCACACUUAGGCGCAUAAGAUGCGGCACAAAUACAAUCAGGUUCGUUUUGGCACUCCACCUCACACUAAUGCAUUUUCUUAAUUUGGAAAUGAUGAACAGGGUGCCCAUCCCUGGUUCUAAGAGCCAUCAAUAUUGUUAAAAGCCUGAAGAAAAUUGCUACUUAUUCCUACAUUUGACUGAUUGGUUCCAUUUGCAUCUGAACCGCAGCCAAGUAGUACCAUUUGAUUAUGCCAGAUGUUUUCUCUCUCUCUCUCUGGGAGGUCGGUAUAACCACCUACCAAAGGAGCAAAGCAUCCUCUCUCAAAAGCUAAUGCGAUCUCCCUCUUGUGGCAAUGAAACAGCAUUUCAUUCUGCUCUGUGCAGUAUAUAGAUUCUAAAUUUCAAUAUGAAGCAAAAGGUUAUUAGCACUGCUGGAAAACUAUAGAAAGGUUCUUAUUCUCUAUUUUCUUUUUCUUUUUCGGCAAUUUCCAGUUGACACUCCAAAACUAUAUGUUCACAUUGUUUCAGAUGUUCUUGAUGUCAUUUUCUUUCCCCAAUCGGUUUUGCCCUCACCACUCGGCUUUCAUUUGCCCCAACUGCUGUUUAAACUUGCAGUAUCCUUUCCUCCAAGGUAACUCCAGGAUAAUUAGUCCUUUUAAGUCCACUAGUGCUCUAAAUUAAUCUUCUGAUUCAUACACCAAGACAGUCCUGAGCAGGCACAUUUUGCCGAUGGGUACAGUAGAUGCCAACGGGGUGAGCUCCCGUUGCUCGGUCCCAGCUCCUGCCAACCUAGCAGUUUGAAAGCACGUCAAAGUGCAAGUAGAUAAAUAGAUAC